AUGGAGGCUGUCAAGGUCGUCUCUCCUCACUGGCCCCCCUCACACAGACCCCCAGUCAGAGCACCACCGCUGGGGCCCCCUCACACAGACCCCCAGUCAGAGCACCACCGCUGGGGCCCCCUCACACAGACCCCCAGUCAGAGCACCACCGCUGGGGCCCCCUCACACAAAUCCCCAGUAAGAGCACCACCGCUGGGGCCCCCUCACACAGAUCCCCAGUCAGAGCACCACCGCUGGGGCCCCUCACACAAAUCCCCAGUCAGAGCACCACCGCUGGGGCCCCCUCACACAGACCCCCAGUCAGAGCACCACCGCUGGGGCCCCACAAUAGAGACACUGCCCCCAGUCAGAGCACCACCGCUGGGGCCCCCUCACACAAAUCGCCAGUCAGAGCACGACCGCUGGGGCCCCCUCACACAGACCCCCAGUCAGAGCACCACCGCUGGGGCCCCCUCACACAAAUCCCCAGUCAGAGCACCACCGCUGGGGCCCCGCUCACACAGAUCCCCAGGCAGCGCACCACCGCUGGGGCCCCCUCACACAAAUCCCCAGUCAGAGCACCACCGCUGGGGCCCCCUCACACAAAUCCCCAGUCAGAGCACCACCGCUGGGGCCCCACACACAGACCCCCAGUCAGAGCACCACCGCUGGGGCCCCCUCACACAAAUCCCCAGUCAGAGCACCACCGCUGGGGCCCCCUCACACAGAUCCCCAGUCAGAGCACCACCGCUGGGGCCCCCACUCACACAAAUCUCCAAUCAGUGGGACCCCACAAUAGAGACACUGCCUCCAGUCAGAGCACCACCGCUGGAGCCCCACAAUAGAGACACUGCUCCCAGUCAGAGCACCACCGCUGGGGCCCCACAAUAG